AAAUAAAAUACUAAAUACAAUAAAUAUUGAAGUUGUCUAAUCAUAAAUAAUAUUACUGUUACUUUAUUUCAAGUUUUUGACCAUAUUAUACGGAAUACACAGGCGUGGAUACAAGUUUAUUGAUUGUGCACUCGUAACUUUUUGCAGUAUUUACAAGGAAGGUGUGCAAAAUCAGCAGACGAAAGGCUAGUCUGUUUUAGCGACUAUUGAUGAAAGAAAUCUAUAUAAAGAUUAUCUCAGAUUGAGUCAAACAAUCAGUCGAUCGCGGUCCUUCAGUCGUUGCUCAUGCGUCAAAGUUAAAAACAAAUAAAUAUUACGUAUUUCGACCAGAAAACUGUAGACCAUCGAUUGAAUAUAGAACACCUGAUAAAUCCAAGAAAGGAGUACCGAAGACCUGUGAGGCAAAGGCUUCUCCGUUCAAUAUCUGAAAACAUGGGCGUUGGGGACUUAAUCAAACGAUGGUGGUGGGGCGGAGACCCUGAUGAGAGAAACAAAGUAUCUGGCAUGUCACUGAGAGAUGUGUACAAUGUGCAAAAAUCUUGGGCUAUCAUAAAUGCAAACUCCAACGGAAACGGAUUCCUGAUGUUUUUUAGGCUCUUCGAAGCAGAACCAGAAACGAAGACAUUUUUCAAGAACUUGGCCCACAUCCAUACUGAAGCAGAAAUGACGGCAAACGUUAGUUUUAGGGCGCAUAUCAUCAACAUUAUGUCUUCCUUUGACAAUUCGAUUAAGAAUCUGGACAAACCCGAGCUGGUGGUAGCGUGGAUGCAGAAACUUGGUGACUCGCAUCGAAGACAUCGCAUUGAGAAAAGACAUUUCCAUGUAUUCAAAGACGUGCUGGUAACCAUACUACAGAAAGAUUUGAAACUGGAACCUCAAGUAGUAGAAUCUUGGGAUAGGUACGUCGAGUUUAUAUACGAACAUUUACUUUCUAGAUUGGCGUCAUAAAAUAAAUUAAAAAAUGAAAAUGCAUA